CUUCCACCAAGUGUCGUCCCCGUCCCACUGCAACAAUGUCUGGACUUUGGGCUCGUUACAACUCCAUGCUGGACGCUCAGCCCCUCUUGACCAAGGCCUUGACGUCCAUGACCGGCUUCUCGCUCGGGGACAUUCUCGCCCAGUGCUUUAUUGAAGAAGGCGACAAAGGCUACGAUCCGAUGCGUACCUUCCGCAUGGGUUCCUUUGGUUUCCUCCUGCACGGAACCACCGGACACUACUUUUACGGAUUUUUGGAUUCCAAGCUUCCCGGCACCGCCCCCAUGACGGUCGCUUCCAAAGUUGCCAUCGAUCAGACCAUCUGGAAUCCCAUCUUUGGCUGCAUGUUCUUUGGCUAUCUCAAUCUCAUGGAGGGAAAGUCCCUGGACGAUUACACCACCAAGAUCAAGACGGAUCUGAAAACAGCUGUCAUGGGGAGUUGGGCCGUCUGGGUGCCUGCCCACACCAUCAACUUUGCCUUUGUCCCACCGGCUCAGCGCUUGUUGUACAUUAAUACGAUUCAGAUUGGAUACAACGUCUUUCUCUCCUUCUUGGGGAACAAGAGCGUGGAAGAAGAACCCAAGAAGGAACUCUAAACAUGCGUCGUGGCCAAAGCAACUGGAACACGCGCAUUAAAAUUUCCAACAUAUGUGCGUUGUCGGUGGCGUGCUUUUGCGCGGGUAGAUAAAGCCGUGUACCAAUAGAUCUUGGGUUUACUAGUCGUG